GAGCCGCUGGCCCUUUCAGUGCAUGCAGAGAGAGUUCCCCCUCGCUGGGAAAUCCAAGCAGUGCUUUGCUCUCUGCCAGCCAUCUCCCAGCUCUUGUCUCUCGUUUUGGCCUGUGUGCCACCAUGCCCUCGGGAAGUGUGCCCGUCACUUUGCUGCUCCUGGCUCAGGUGGGCUUCUCGGUCAGCCUGGAGGCCAUCCAGUGCCCGCCUUGUUCAGAGGAGAAGCUGGCCCGCUGCAGGGCACCCACUGGGUGCGAGGAGCUGGUGCAGGAGCCCGGCUGCGGCUGCUGUGCCACCUGUGCCCUGGCAAAAGGGAUGCUUUGCGGGGUCUACACCCCUCGCUGUGGCUCGGGGCUGCGGUGUUACCCGCCACGAGGGAUGGAGAAGCCCUUGCACACGCUGAUGCACGGCCAAGGGAUGUGUAUGGAGCUGGCCGAAGUGGAAGCCAUCCAAGAGAGCAUCCAGUCCACAGAAAUGGAGGAAGUUGAACCCCCUCAUACCAACAACUUCAGCCCCUGCAGCAGCCAUGACAGAAAAUGCAUCCAGAAGCAGCAAGCAAGAGCACGCGAGCGGAUAAACAAUGGUGUCAAGAUGAGGAACAGCGGGAACCCACCUGUCCGGGAGGACACACGGCCAGUGGUCCAAGGCUCAUGUCAAAGUGAACUUCAGAGAGCACUGGAUAGGUUAGCAGCAUCCCAAACCCGAACCCAUGAGGAUCUGUACCUAAUCCCCAUCCCCAACUGUGAUCGCAAUGGGAACUUCCACCCCAAACAGUGUCACCCAGCAUUGGAUGGGCAACGAGGGAAAUGUUGGUGUGUGGAUCGGAAAACUGGGGUCAAGUUGCCAGGAAGUGUGGAGAUGAAGGGAGAGCUGGAUUGCCACCAACCUGCAGAUGCAGUGCAAGAGUGACUCCGUUAAAGUGAAGUGGACACUGAAGCUUUCCUUGAUGAAGUGCCAAGGAAACAAAUGGUGCUGUUUGAUGAGCAGAUGGAAUGCAAAUGGGGAUGUUACCAUGAUACUUAUUUUUUUUCCCCGAGGGGGGAAUUUUAACUGCAGUAACAUCAGCAACCCUCCAUACAAACUUUAACUGCAUUAAUCCAAACAUGGUGUGGCCUAUCCAGCCCCCAACUGGUGUUUAAUUUGGUACCUAUGCAGACUCUGUAGCUUACAUUCCUUUUCAGUGACCACUGAUAAUGAAACCUCCGCACAACAAAAAUCUAUAAGCUUUAAGUAAUCUGAUGGACUGAAUGAGUGUUUCCCCAGGUAAAUCUGCUUUUGCUUUCAGUACAAGCCACAGCAGAAUUGCUUCUUCUUUAAGAGUUUUUGCUAAAGGGAAACAAAAAAGAGGAAUAGGUGACAGAUAUGUUCUGCCUCACCCUUUUGUGGGGCUCCAUGCAAAGAAAACCAAAUAGGCUAAACAUUGCUUGAACACUUCCAUGAUGGUGGGAAGAAACAGUCUCACUUGAAUUCAGACUUGGAGCUUAUUUUCAGUGCUGGGCAUUGCUCAGCCCUGGAGCAUGUGAAGCCAUAAGAGUGAUUUUGAACAUGUAAAUAGUGUACCUUCCAGAGCAAAAGAGCAAACAUAACCUGCUUUGGGUUCCACAUCUCUGGAUUAGGAUGCAAGAUUUACAGAGAGAGGAAACCUAUCCAGGGGUACCCGUUUCGGCCAUAUAGCAAAGAAAAAUAAUAUCCAAAAUCCACAAAACAGUGAUACCUUUAUUGGAACAACCAAAAUGCACAGAAUGCAAAAUACACAAAAUACAGAGGAAAGAAUGGGAGUGAAUGCAUCAGUAGGGAAAUACAGAUCCUAAAACUUGGUUAGUAUGAACAGAUUUCAGAAUUAUUGUUUUCAUUAAAAGAAAAUCAGUAAGAAAAAACAAAUUCCUAGUGUAUAAUCUGCAUAAUAGUCUGCCCCACUGCAACCAGUGGGGAAUUUAUUUGGAGGAAUGUUGUUCGGUUCAGUUUUGGGUGUACAGUUUUUAAAAAGAACAGUAAAUUUCUAGAGUUUCAGGUUGUGAUGAUGGGUUUGAAAUUGUGAGAACAGUGACAGCUGAUAUUUCAGAAACUAGGUUGGGGAGGUAAGCAAGAGUUUUAUGGUUGGGCUGUUAGCACUUUGUCCUUCCCCAUAACCUGCAGCAUUAAAUAAAAUAAGAAAAGCAUAUGCA